CGGUCUGUUCUUUCCUGCCACACACGCGAUGCAAUAAUGCAAAGCAUCGUGGGAUCUGAGGCAUGUGAACGACAUUGACAGUAGAGGUGGGAGAAGCUGAUGGGAGACACUAUGUCCAGUCCUACAGGCACCGUGAAGGCGGAGGGCAUCAUGGUGCCUAAUUUUGGCACCGCACCACCACAGGGCUGCCCGAUGCAUCGAGAUGUUAAUAAAAGUGUUCCUCCUCCAGAAUGCCCAAUGCAUCAGGCGUCUAGCGAUCACACGAAGAAAGCUUCAGAUAUACCUGCACAUCAGGACAGGGCUUAUGAAUUUGUGGAGUGUCCUAUGAGAGCUGCCAAUGGGAUGAAACCCACACUGUCCGACAUCAAUCCAGCCAACAUGAUGCCUCCACCCAACCAGCAGCCUUCAGCUGAUCAGCCGUUUCCCUUGUCAGUUGUAAGAGAGGAAUCCAACAUUCCUCGUGCUGGAGCUGAGCAGAACUGGGUUUAUCCCUCAGAGCAGAUGUUCUGGAAUGCCAUGCUUAGGAAAGGAUGGCGCUGGAACAAAGAUGACAUAAACCAGAAAGAUAUGGGUGACAUCAUCAGGAUUCACAAUCAGAAUAAUGAACAAGCCUGGCAGGAAAUCCUGAGAUGGGAGAAACUCCAUUCAAAAGAAUGUCCAUGUGGACCUUCACUCUUAAGGUUUGGUGGCAAAGCAAAAGACUUCUCACCCAGAGCCAGAUUUCGCCAUUGGAUGGGGCACGAGCUGCCAUUUGAUAGGCACGACUGGAUAGUUGACCGCUGUGGAAAAGAGGUCAGAUAUGUGAUCGACUACUAUGAUGGAGGCCUGUUGUCCAAACACACCAUCCUCGACGUGCGUCCAGCCUUCGACUCUUUAGGAGCCAUUUGGGACCGUAUGAAAGUGACCUGGUGGCGUUGGACCUCAACAUGAACUUACUGGACAUGAACUGUUGGAUAAACAGGAACUAUUAUUUAUAACCAAGUCUGUGGAAGGUUUAUUUUUUGCAUUUGGAGUCCUAAUGGCUUACUUAUAUUCCUGUGAUGGCUCCAUUAUGUGUAAAUUCGGAAACUAUUUAGUUAGAAUGUGGCACUGUGUGCUAUUGCAAACAUAUUAUAUCAUGUAAUUAAAGAGGAAGCGCUGUUAA